UAAAAGGCUGCGCGCAGGCGCCCGUGGUCUUUUCCUCAGCUGCCGCCAAGGUGCUCGGUUCUUCCGAGGAAGCUAAGGCCGCGUUGGGGUGAGGCCCUCACUUCAUCCGGCGACUAGCACCGUGCCGGCAGUUCACAACAUGGCCUCCGUCUCCGAGCUCGCCUGCAUCUACUCCGCCCUCAUUCUUCACGACGACGAGGUGACCGUCACGGAGGAUAAGAUCAAUGCCCUCAUUAAAGCAGCCGGUGUCAACGUUGAACCUUUCUGGCCUGGCCUGUUCGCAAAGGCCUUAGCCAAUGUCAACAUUGGGAGCCUCAUCUGCAAUGUAGGGGCUGGUGGGCCUGCUCCAGCCGCGGGAGCUGCACCAGCAGGAGGUCCUGCGCCAGCCGCCGCUGCUGCCCCAGCUGAGGAGAAGAAAGUGGAAGCAAAGAAGGAAGAAUCUGAGGAGUCGGAUGACGACAUGGGCUUUGGUCUUUUUGACUAAACCUCUUGUUAACCCACUGAAUAAAAAGCUGAACCUGUAGGUGGGUUGGUCUCAGUUGUAUGCAACAGGCUUCUAGAAGUGCUUAAAUUAACU